AUGGCGGCAGCGUUCCGACCUGUCAACUCGCUCAUCGAGGAGCCUAUCAAGGAGGAAACGACGACGACGACGACGACGACAACGACGUCUUCUUCCUCGUCCGCCACACCCCGGCCGAGGCCCGUUUCUCGCCAAGCACGGCUGCGACAAUCCCCCUCGCUGCACGAUGACUCCAAGACGCCGACCAGGGCAACCUUCAACGUCCCUUUGGACCAAAAAGCUCUCCCCGACGCUUCGUUACCGCCGCUUCCCGACGCCAAGGACAUGCCCCGCCGACAAAACUCGCAGCAUUCCAGCAAGUCCUCAAAGAGAGAUUCCAUGGAGAUAGACGUGGAUGAUUCCGAUGGCGAGAGGGGUGCUACAGGCGAAGACGGUGCCGCAUCAGACGCCGAAAGCGUCAACGCUGACGGCUCCAAAUCUAGUCGCAAGAAGAAGUCGCAGAGGUUCUACUGCACCGAGUAUCCACCGUGCAACUUGAGCUUCACAAGAAGCGAGCACCUGGCUCGACACAUCAGAAAGCAUACCGGUGAACGGCCAUUCCAGUGCCACUGCUCUCGUCGGUUCUCCAGGUUGGACAAUCUGAGGCAACAUGCGCAGACGGUCCAUGUGAAUGAAGACAUUCCCAUGGACUCGCUGGCAGCGACUGGCUCGCGAUUUCAACGCCAGAUGCGAACGACGGAGCGAGUCAGGCAAGCCGGCAACCGGGCCAGAGCGUCGACAGGAGGUAGCGCGGGCGGACCAAUCCGUGGUCACUCCAAGAGCCUCUCGACUUCCAGCAUCGCCAGCAUUCCUUCCGUAGGCUCUGGUUACGGCGGUCCCCAGACCGAGGCGAGGCGGCGUCCUCCGCCCCUCGUCAUGGCUGCGGACCCCCGGUCGCGUCUUUCCGUCGAGUCGUACCGCAGCAAUGCCGACAGCACAUUCUCGUACCGACCUCCUUCGCCCGGCGACUUUAGCAACCCCACGUCGGCCACCUUCUCUACUGCGCAAAGCAGCCCCCGCUGGGCGUCGAGGAUGGGCUCGCCUACUUCGGGGCACACGCGCUCCCAGAGCCUGUACACCUCCGGGAGCCGCACGCCGGGUCGCCGCCUCAGCGUGCCGUCGGGAGCAAACCCUUUCCAGUCGCCGGUUCUCGGGCAUCCUCACCACAACCACCACCCCCACCACCAGGCCUUUGGUGCCCCCGGCCAGUUCAACAGCUCGCAUCCUUCGGCGUUCCCACCCGCAGCAAACAGCUCCAACCUGGUCGCCUCUCCCACAUCGUCUGCUUCGGGGUGGUCCGGUCGACGAGACUCGGUAUCCAGCAACCCCGACGAAGCCUGGCGAAGACGCACGUGGCAUCCGGAAAGUCGCAGCUACGUCAACAACCAGCAGCAACCACAGGCGCCGACCCAGACGAACCAGCAGCUGGCCAUGGCCGGUCAGGCGAUGGUCCGACCGAACCCGCCCGCGCCCCCGCCUCCGCCCGCGCCCAUCGCGAACCCGCCAAACCCCCAAUCGUCCUUUCGACUGCCAGGCAUCGAGUCCUUUGACCCCCUGCCGCCCCGGAGGCACCCGACGCCUCCCCCGCCGGCACAGCGCGGUCCGUCGUCGCCCCUGGCCAUGGACUCGGAGCCACCCUACCGACGGCCGUACGCGCCUGGUGCCGGCGAGAUGACGCAGCCGGACGAGCGUCGCAACCUCAACAUGUACGAUGCCAGCCUCCAGCGUGGCCUGAACCGUCUGGAUCUUAGCCACAAGACGCCGCCACCCCGCGACGGCGCCGGCUGCUGGGGCUCCGAGGCCAACCGCGCCAUGCUCGCCCAGGCGGAACGGAUGCAGGUGAAUCAACCGACUGUCCGGUUCCAGGACCAGAUCCCGCCGUCCCAGCAGUACGGCUGCGCGACGGCCAACGGCCGAGCCCUGCACCAGCACACCAUGUCCGCCCCCUCCAUCACGACACCCCGCGAGAGCAAGCGGCAUGGGUGGUACCACGGACCGGCACCGUCUCAAGGCGGGUACGCUGCGCAGGAUUCGCGAAUGGCGCACGUUGACCGCAUGGUGCACCCCAACCUGAACGGUUUCAACGGGUUUCCGGCCAGGGAGCAGCCACCUCUGCAGCCGCAGCAAGACAGGCAGGCAAACGCCGAUCCUCUGCGACGGCUGGAAGCGCUCGUCGCCGUGGCCACGAGCGAGGGAUCCACCGCGACAGCCUACUGA